AUGUCGUCCGGUUUGAAGCCAUUGCUGCUUCCGCAGCUCGUGGAAGAAAGGAAGAAGCUGGAGCUACACCAGGACAGCCUGGGAGAGUCCACAUCGUUGUACUACAACUACAACUCUUCUUCGUCCGACCUCACUUCACCUUCACCCAUCACGUCGACCUUCUCGCGCACGAACCACCUCAGGUCAUCCGGCUCUUCGUCGUCGCUCGAAUUCGCCGAUAGCCCAGCAUCACCGGCGCAGUCGCUGCACGCGAGCAGGCCAAGCAAAUCGCAGCUGCCGGAUGUCCAAGAAGAAGAGAGGGAGGAAGAGGAACCUACGACUCCACCCAGGCAUGAUAACGACCAUGAGCUCGGGUUCCAGGAUUAUUGCUUGUGCGAUGUCCCCUGCUCUCACCACACCGACGCCGUCCAAAGCACGUCCAUGUAUCCCUACAUGACAUCCGAUUUCGACUACGACCUGGGCUUUCUCAGUGACGGCGACUUCAACUCAAGCCCAAGGCAAAAGAAGCGACGCCAUGGAUCGGAUGCUGGUUUCUCGAGCUGGAGCACCAGACUAGGCUCGCGGCUACCGAGCCUGUCCCGCUGGCGGUCCGCAUCCGCCACCCGGCGUCGAGACCUGGCCUUCUCUCCGGCGUCCGACCCUUCUCUUUCCGAGCCCCGCCCGAGCUUCUCCCUUGGCCGUUCCAGCAGAUCGUCGUCCAUGUCGCGCCAAGUCUACGGAGCGUCAGACCGCGCCCAAGACUCUGUGCCCGCCACGCCUGCGCUCUCCUUCUACGAAAGCUCCGAGAGCGUUGUACUGCCGCCACCCGUCGACGUUACGGCCGCGUUUCUAGGCAAAGAGGUAGAACGCGAUCGUGCGGCCGCGAGGACGCCGCUAUUACCGCCUCUCCUGACUGAGGCUGCUGCUGCCACCCAGCCUCACUCCCUUCAGGCAUCACCACUGCAAUCUCCAUCCAUGGUUCCGUCUCCCGUCCCUGAAUUGUCAUCGGUUGCCAGUAAACCGUACGCAACACCGCCCCUCAGCACCAAGCCCUCUGUUUCCUCCCUCAGGCGCGGGACGAUCUCCAGCACCUUCAGCGAUGCCCCGUCACCGAUCCCUUGUUUCUUCGACCACCAGGACUCCUGGUCGGACCGCCUCGGCCAUGCGAACUUCACAAUCGAGCCCAAGCCCUACGUACCAGAGAUGGCGGAUCUCGCGACGCUCCAGGCCUUCCACGCCGACUGGAACCUCGCCCGGACCAACUACGCCAAGCACCUCGUGCGCACUGGGGAGCACUACGGGUCAACUUCUAAGACGUACGCCUUGACGGAAGCUAAGUGGGCUGAAAUCGAGCGCGAGUGGCAGCGGAACCAGGACGACCUCGUCGAGCGGGUGAGCCAGCAGUGCAAAGACGAUCCCGAUGUCGUCUCGCAGCUGCGGCGCACGGCCGAGGAAAAACUGCCGCCCUGCAUCCCCCGCAACCUCGACGAUGGGAAGUUCCCGGAGCUCGGGGACGUUGAGAUCGUCGGGCCGAUGGUGCGCGAGGCGGUCAUGGUCCGCGAGGGCCAAGCAGAUGAGAAGCGGACCGGCGCCUCCGUCUGGCUCAAGAACCUUGCUGGGAAGGUCGGCCUACGCAAAUGA